GGGGGCGGCCAUAUAUAUCGGAGAUGUGCUACCCACCGUCAGUCGGCGCACGCGCUUUGCUGUUUGUCUGUGUGUGUGAUAUUCGGAUAGUUUCGCGCCUUUUCGACAGACAACCAUCAAACAACAAUGAUGCAUCUUAAGACGAUGCUCGCGAGCGUGCUCCUAGCGGCUGCCCUAGUCUCGGCAACACCGCACAAAAGUCACAAGCGUGAAGCGCCACUGAGUUCUUCCUACCUACCGCCAUCUAGCGGUGGGUUCGGCAAACCCUCCUCAACGUACGGCGCUCCCCGACCUUCCAGCAGCUACGGUGCCCCCAGGCCUUCAUCAAGCUACGGCCCACCGAAGCCUUCAAGCAGCUAUGGAGCUCCCUCUCGCCCAUCAUCGUCAUACGGACCUCCCAAACCGUCUAGCUCUUACGGCGCCCCUGCUAGGCCACCAUCGACCAGCUACGGCGUCCCCACUGGUCCCUCAUCACUGUACGGCGCCCCUAAGCCAUCUAGCUCAUACGGCGCUCCAUCAUCCAGCUUCUCCGGUUCGUCAUCUGGCUCUUUCUCCGGUUCUCAUUCAGUAGGAGCCCCAUCAAGCUCUUAUGGCACUCCAUCCAGCUCGUAUGGCACUCCAUCCAGCUCGUACGGUGCUCCAUCCAGCUCGCACAGUGCUCCUUCUAGCUCGUAUGGUGCUCCAGCCCCUUCUUCUUCAUACGGAACUCCCUCUGACUCUUAUGGUGCACCAGCGCCAUCAUCAUCUUACGGCGCUCCUUCAUCUGGUGGUUUUGGAUCCAGCCAUGGCUCGAGCAGCAGCUUCAGUUCUGGACAUGGAAGUAGCUUUGGUGGCUCUGGGCACGGCAGCAGCUUUGGUGGUUCCGGACACGGCAGCAGUUUCGGUGGUUCUGGACACGGAAGCAGUUUCGGCUCUGGCUCAUCUGGAUUCGGCAGCUCUGGAUUUGGCAGCAGCGGCUUCGGUUCAAGCGGAUCUGGUGGAAUAUCUUCCAGCUACGGAGCUCCAGCUGCCCCAUCAAGCAGCUACGGAACCCCCUCCAGCUCUUACGGAACACCAUCAAGCAGCUAUGGAGCCCCUAGCAGCGGUGGUCACGGCUCCAGUUUCUCAUCUGGUGGCUUCUCUGGUAUCUCAAGCGGCUCCGGUGGAUAUUCUUCUGGAGGAUCUGGCAGCUACUCUUCCGGCGGUCACGGAUCAGGUGGUUUCUCGUCUGGCGGUCACGGAUCAGGUGGCUUCUCGUCUGGCGGUCACGGAUCGGGUGGCUUCUCGUCUGGCGGCCAUGGAGGUUUCUCUGGCAGUUCCGGCGGCCACGGUAGCUCCGGCGGUUACUCGUCAGGAGGAUCUGGUGGUUACUCGUCAGGCGGUUCAAGCGGUUACUCCUCAGGCGGUUCAGGUGGUUACUCCCUAGGAGGAUCAGGAGGUUUCUCUUCUGGUGGUUCAGGAGGUUACUCUUCUGGAGGAUCAGGAGGUUACUCAUCCGGAGGAUCAGGUGGUUACUCCUCCGGAGGAUCAGGUGGUUACUCCUCGGGUGGUCACGGGUCCGGCAUCUCUGGCGGAGUGCCCGCCACCAUCGGCCAAAGCUACGACUCCAACGGUGGUUACGUUUACUAAAUUAUUCAAUAAGUUAGGAGUUAUGAAAAUAUGUGAUAUACGUCACGACUUUCAUCAAAUAACGAGAGUUACCAAAUGAAUUUAAAAUGCUAUUAGCUUCAAAUGUAUAAUGAUCACCAAGCAAUACUAAUAAUAAUUCGAUAAGUGCAUUUGAAGGAAUUAUAAUAAAGGCGAAAAUAACAAUAGUUGCACCGGUUAGUGGCUGCCUGAUGACGUAUGUAUUAACAGCUGAGUGUUCACCGCUGAUAUUAAAGUAUUAUUAUUUAAUUGUUACGAAUUAUUGUACAAAAUGUAGUUGUAAGUGCAAAUUAUUUUGUAUUAAAUAAAGUAUUGUAAAUA